AUGGCACCCAUCAGCAGCAGCCUAGCGGACCUCAAGCUUUUGUGGCAGGGGAAGAUCAAAGUCCCAGUGGACGAGCAAAGGCUCUUCCUGGGCUGCCGGGAGCUUUACGACGAGGACCGCCUGGGCGCCCUUGUCGCGGCCCCGAGUCCGGGCGCGACGCCGCGCGUGGCACUGAGCCUGGUGCGCCGGUCGCCCACGCAUGCGAAACUGCUGAAGCUGGCGCAGGAUGGCAGCCAAGCCCUUAGUCGGAAGUGGCUGGCGAAAAUGCCGGAGGUGGUGCGUGGGGAUGCGGAGUUGGUCCGAGAAGUGCUGCGCAGGGAUGGAGUGGCGCUGCAGUAUGCCUCAGAGGAUCUCAAGGCCCAUCCUCAGCUGGUGCUGGAAGCCGUCCGCCGCAGCGGUUUCGCAUUGGAAUAUGCGGCCGAGCACCUGCGUGGCGAUCGGCAGUUCGUGCUCGAGGCGGUGAAGCAGAACGGCUUUGCACUCGCCAGGGCCUCCGCUAAGCUCCAAGGAGAUCCGGAGGUGAUCCUAGCGGCCAUUAAAGAGGAAGGGGCGGCCUUCGAGUAUGCAGCUCAGGAGCUGAAAGGUGACUUUGACUUCGCCUUGGAGGUUGUCUCAUUGGGUGGCCCAGGUGCCAUGGAACAUAUCUCAGCAGACUUGUGGGAGGACCCACGCUUUGUUCUCCACGCGGUGCGGCAGGCGCCCAGUGCUUUGGAACAUGCCCAGGCGGAGGUCAAGGCUGAACCGACCUUUGUUUUGGAGCUCUUGAGCCGGAGCCCAGCCGCAUUGCCCUUCGUGGCUGCAGAGCUUCUAGAGGACCCAGCCUUUCUUCUGCGCGCCGUGGAACGUAACCCUGAAGCCCUGGCACACGUGCCCUCGGAAAUGGCCAUGGAACCGGCCUUCAUCCUCAUGGCCUUACGGUGCAACGGGCACUCGCUGCGGUAUGUGAAUCGAGGUCUCCUGAAGGAGAAGGGCUUUGCUUUGCAGGCCUUGGGAGCAGCGGGAGCUAAAGCCCUAGUUGAUUUACCUGAAGACUUUUGGCAAGACAGGGACUUGGCUUUGACAGCACUGCGGAUCGAUGAGAGCGGUAUCGAGAAGGUGCCAAAGAAGUUCUGGACCGAUCGCGACUUCGUGCUGGCCGCCGCCAGGUUCCAGCCCUCUGUGCUGAACAUGGUCGAGCCCGGAUGGCUGAAAGAGCAGCCCUUUAUUCUGUCAGUUCUACAGCGCAAUUCCAGUUGUAUCCGUUUCGUCUCUGAGGAGCUGCUGAAGGACCGAGCCUUCGUGCUCCAAGCCUUGCGCACCCAUGGCUCUGUUUUAAAGCAUUUGCCUCAAGAGAUGCGCGCGGAUCCCAGCUUAGUGCUGGCCGCCGUGCCCCAAACGGGCUUCGUCUUGAGCUUCGCGGCGGACGAGUUGCGCUUGGACAAGUGCUUUGUCCUGCAGGCGGUGAAGAUCAACGGCUAUGCAUUGAUCGGAACGCCUGAGGUCAUGAGGUCAGAUCGGGAGGUGGUUUUGGCAGCUGUGAGGCAGCAGGGGCAAUGCCUGGAGUUUGCGACACCCGCACUUCGUGCCGACCCAGAAAUUGUCUUGGCAGCAAUCAGAUCUUGCCCUGGCCCCAUGGCCCACGUGGAGGAAUGUCUUUGGAAGGAUCCAGCUUUUGUGCUAGAGGCGGCUGCCCUGCAUGCUUGUGCCAUUCAACAUGCGGAUGAUGCCUUGCGCUUGAACCGGCCCUUCCUGCUUUCGGCGUUCGAGCGGAACCCGGAAUGCAUUUGUUAUGUCCAUCCGCAGUUGCAGUCUGAUCGGAGUUUUUUCAUCGAAUGCUUAGCGCUGAACCCGCAUGCCUUAGAGUUUGUCCCCACGCAGAUGCGCAUCGACGUGGCUUUCCAAGCAGCGGCGAAGAGCCAGAUCUCACCUGAGGAGGCAACCAAGUUGCCAGCCGCAGGCUAUCAACCCGUGUUUGACACUAUGAUCCUGGGCGACAAGAAUCGCGAUGGUGUGCAGGACUUGGCGCAGGUGAACUCGGCCAGCAAUGUCUUUGCGCGCAUUGUGGCACGCAGCAAGGGCCUGCCGCUGCCAGUGGUCUACAACAGCAACACUGGCCAAGGAUGGACAAUGUGGAAAGAUGUGCCCUUCAGUGCCGACUCGGGCUUGAUGUCAGUGCUGAUUCCCGUCGGAGGCAUGUGGCAGGGGUUGUGGAAGCGGCGUGCAUGCACUGAUUCAUGGGUUUGGACACUUUUGCAUGUAAAGUCAAUCAUCCUUCCGAAGGACAUUUGGUGAGUGGACGUCCACUCAUCAAGAGGUCCGUGGCAUGAUUUGGGAAAUGACUCAGAAUGUCUCAAACAAGAGGCUCAAACAAUGGAUCUAUGUAUACAACAUAUAUUUGUUUUGCUUGCCUCAAGGCUCUAAUCAUUGCAAGGGUGUGCGUAGAAAGUUUAAGUUCAUUGGCCCGAUUGAAUGAAGCAGACAAUGUUAACCAGAGUGGAUUCAAGCGUUUGUUUUCCUAUUCGCUAUUCAUCCACGCAGGCAUACGCAGGUUCAAAGAAACUACCGACAGAAUUGGCUUUGUCCAUCCUUCCCCAAAAAAAGCCAAAAUCGCUACCCUCAUGCCCUUCAUGAUAACUUGCUAAACUACUCGGGGCAUGGGAUUGAACACACGGCAAUCACUCUGCAGGUUCUCUUGCCGUUGGCAUUGCGAUUGGUAGGUAUUUUAAGAAGUGAGGCAGUGAGGC